AUGUUGUACAAAUUACGCGCAUUUUGGUCCCAAUCCUUCAGACUGCCUCCUCCAACUCUCACGGAGAAAACCCUCCCUGACCAAACGGGCAAAGUCUACCUCAUCACGGGCAGCAACACCGGCGUGGGCUACCAAGUGGCGAGCAUCCUGUACGGACACAACGCCAAAGUGUACGUGGCGGCGCGCACGGAAUCCAAGGCCCUCGCGGCCAUCGACGCCAUCCAAAAAGAACACCCCAAGUCCCAGGGCAAACUCGAGUACCUGCACCUCGACCUGUCGGACCUGAGCACCAUCAAGGCCAGCGCCGAGGACUUCCUGUCGCGCGAGGACAAGCUGCACUGGCUGAACAACAACGCCGGCGUGAUGGUGCCCCCGAACGGCUCCAAGGGCGCCCAGGGCCUGGACCUGACCUACCAAACCAACAUCCUGGGCCCGUUCCUGUUCACCAAGCUCCUCCUCCCGAUCCUGCGGCGCACGGCCGAGGACGAGCCCAAGGGCGCCGUGCGCGUCAGUUGGGCCGGCAGUCUGGCGGUCGUGCUGCAGAGCCCCCCGGGCGGCAUGAGCUGGAAGACCGGCGCCGACGGGAAGGAGACGCUGGACGACAAGAACAAUAACACGCACACGUACGGGGUCAGCAAGGCCGCCAACUACUUUUUCGGCACCGAGUUUGGGAAACGGUUCGGGGCCAGGGAUGGAGUGUUGCACAAUUGCUACAACCCGGGCAACCUCGCGUCGGAUCUACAACGCCACGCCAACAAACAGUACCCCAGCUGGGCCCUGUGGUUCCUGGACAAGCUGCUGUACCCGGUCGUGUUCGGCGCCUACACUGAACUGUACGCGGGCCUGUCGCCCGACCUGACCCUCGACGCGGACCAGGGCGCCUACAUCAUCCCCUGGGGCCGGAAGGGGUCGGUCCGCCCGGACCUGGUGGCCGAGGCCGUCACCAAGGACGACGGCGAGGCCAAGAAGUUGUUUGACUGGUGCGACGCGGUCACGAGGGAGUAUGCUUGA